AUGCUCCACGGCGCGCGCAGGAGGACGGCGCCGCUCCCUGCCGCGCUCGCAGCCGCCUUCUUCGCUUCGAAGCCCCAGCCUCAGCCUCCGCCGGAGCUGCCAACGCCGCAGGUCGUCGAAGCCGCCGUCGCUCGCUGCCCCUCAGACGGCCUCGCGCUCUCCUUCUUCCUGUGGUGUGCCCGCCGCCCCGGCUAUUUCCACCCGCCCUCCUCCUUCGACCGCCUCCUCCCCGCCGCCUCCCGCCUCGCCUCCCGCCUCGGCACUGCCAACGAGCUUAUCCGCGAGCUCCAGGCCCUCGGCGUGCCCGUCAAGCCCCAGACUUUCCUGCUCCUGCUCAGGCUCUACUGGCGCGGGGGCCUCUACCCUAUCGUGCUCGAUCUGUUCGAUCAAAUGCGCCUCUGGGGAUUCCAACCCAAUGCCUUCGCCUGGAAUGUCGUCCUCGACGUCCUGCUCAGGACAGGCCAUCUCGACGCAGCGCGACACACGUUGCAGUACUACCCGGCACCCAAUUACCUCACCUACGCCAUUGUGCUCACUCAUCUCUGCAGGGCUGGGGCCUGGUCAGGCGCCCGGAGUUGUUUUAUUGAAAUGCUACAGCUGGGGUUUCUCCCAAGUGCAGCUUCUCUCACUGCGGUUUUUGCCUGCUGCAGUAAGGCUGGAACUAUGUCUGAGCUUCUGCAGCUGCUUUCUUUCGUGCUUGUCUCGGGUUGCAAGCUCACCUCAGCCAUGUGGACAUGUUUGAUCGCUCGUCUGUGUCGUGAGGGGCAACUAGAGGAGGCUUGUAAUAUGCUGGCAAAGAUGGUGGAUUCUGGUUGUUCUCCUUCAGUGGUCACCUACACUCCACUUGUCAGAGGAUUCUUGCGAGCUGGUAGGCAUGAAAAGGCCAGCGAGCUUUUGGGAUCAAUGAUGUCCGCCAGCUGCAGCCCAGACAUUGUUUUGUAUAAUGUUCUGAUGGACAGCAUGGCAAAGGAGAGAAGAUACAAUGAGGCCCUGGAUAUUUAUAUGCAUAUUCAUGGCAGUCAGAUAAAGCCUGAUGCAUACACUUUAUCGACUUUAGCUCGGGUAUUACAGUUUUCACAGAAUAUGGGCCUUCUUCACAGGUUGAUUGUACGCUCCGAUAUCUCUCUUGAUCUUGUGGCCUGCAAUUCUGUGUUGAGUGCUCUGUGCAAGUCAGGUUUUCCAUCUGAAGCCAUCCAGUUCUACAUUGAUAGAAUUGAGACGUGCACCAGCCCGGACAGCUACACUCAUGUCGGGUUACUGGAUAGUUUGUGCCAGUUAGGAAGGGUAAACCAUGCAAUCGAUGUCUACCACAAUAUCAUUGCGAGUGCUCCUGAAUCGAAUGCCUAUGUUCAUGCGGCAAUCCUCUGUGGCCUUGUUAGACAGGGCCAGAGCCUUGCGGCCUUGAGGAUUUUAAGAGAGGCUGUACGGAAAAAUUAUGCUGUUGAUUAUGUGUGCUACACUGUGGUUUUACAUGGUCUUUUCUGUGUGCAUCUGGUGGAAGAGGCUUUCAGGUUGUUUGACCAGAUGAAAAAAUCAGGAUUAGCACCCAACACUUGUACAUACAAUGUGAUGCUUCGUGGACUUUGUAGGACCAGGGAUCUGCAUGCUGUCAAGCAGUUGUUAACAGAAAUGGAAUGUGCUGGUGUUAAAAUGGACAGUAUAUCAUUCAACACAGUAGCUGUGCUCCUAAUUAAGUCACAGCGCAUCGACUCAGCUGUUGCAUUGAUCAGAGACAUGCUAAAUCUAGGCAUGAAGCCUAGUACCAAAACUUGUUCGUUACUUUCUCAGUCCACUGUCUAUAAAUCUGUUUUGGUGGAUAAUACCACUCCCACUGUUGAAAGCGAUGGGUCAGACUCGUCCAGUGAUCUCCUUGUAUGCUCAGCUUCAUAG